ACCUGUUCCGUGCUCGUGCCGUUAGAGUUAGCAAUGGGAAUAUGGGAUGCGAAUGGCAAUUCCGUUGGUAGAGAUCGAGAAAGGCGAGAUCUUUCUUGCCGCGGCGCGCGCAGGCAGCGCCCACAGACAAGAGCUAGCAGAGCGGCAGAGAAGGCCAGCACCCAGAUCUGCAAUGGGUGGUAGCCCCACCGCUCAUUCCUUUCUCCUUAAUUUCGCUCCCCUCCUUCGUUUUUUUUUUCCCUUUUUCUCGUCCUUCUCUCGCGUGUCCCGGUCGGAGGGUGGGGGCGUGCCGGCGCGGCGCGGCGUGGGUGCUCGAUGGCCGCGACCACUCCGUCAUCUCUAUCUCGUCUCUCCUCAUCAUGGAUCCAGCCAUGGAGAAGAACCCCACAAAAGUCAUACAGGAGAGAUAGAUAGAGUCGUCUCUUCGUGCUGGCUCGAGAUCUAUUAUUGGCUAGCAGGUUGGUUUUUCGGUGGGAAGCAGAGUGGUUCAAUACAAGCGGACAACGACGCGUUCAUCGGCAAGGUUAGGUGGAUGGAUAGAUUAGGAGGCGGGCCGCCAUAUCUCUCCUGACGCCUGCAAUUUGCCGUCUUCCUCGUUACCUACCCGAUCAAGAGAGAUCAUCAUUCCCUCUCCAUCUCCCCUCUUUUUCCGCACGGGGUUUGGAGAGAUCAGCCGAUCAGGGUGAGGAGGAGCUGAGUUAGCAGGGCUGCGACCAUGAAGGCGCUCAUUCUCGUGGGAGGCUUCGGCACUCGCCUGCGGCCGCUGACUCUCAGCGUGCCAAAGCCGCUCGUCGAUUUCGGGAACAAGCCCAUGAUCCUGCAUCAGAUCGAAGCUCUGAAAGAAGUUGGAGUUACAGAAGUUGUUCUGGCCAUCAAUUACCAGCCCGAGGUCAUGCUUAACUUUCUCAAGGACUUCGAGAGCAAGCUUGGUAUCAAGAUCACCUGCUCGCAGGAGACAGAGCCACUCGGAACCGCCGGGCCGCUGGCCCUGGCACGCGACAAGCUCGCUGACGGCUCCGGCGACCCUUUCUUCGUCCUCAACAGCGACGUGAUCAGCGAGUACCCAUUCGCCGAGCUCAUCCAGUUCCACAAGUCCCAUGGCGGCGAGGCCACGAUCAUGGUCACCAAGGUUGACGAGCCUUCCAAGUACGGCGUGGUGGUCAUGGAGGAUGAGACCGACAAGGUGGAGCGCUUCGUGGAGAAGCCCAAGGUGUUCGUCGGCAACAAGAUCAACGCCGGCAUCUACCUGCUCAACCCGUCGGUGCUGGACCGCAUCGAGCUGAAGCCCACGUCCAUCGAGAAGGAGGUGUUCCCGCGCAUCGCCGCGGACAAUGGCCUGUUCGCCAUGGUCCUGCCUGGGUUCUGGAUGGACAUCGGGCAGCCGAGGGACUACAUCACCGGGCUGAGGCUGUACCUCGACUCGCUUAGGAAGAAGGCGCCCGCCAAGCUCGCGUCGGGCGCGCACGUCCUGGGCAACGUGCUCGUCCACGAGACCGCCGUCAUCGGCGAGGGUUGCCUGAUCGGGCCGGACGUCGCCGUUGGCCCCGGGUGCGUGGUGGAGGCCGGGGUGAGGCUGUCCCGGUGCACGGUGAUGCGCGGCGCCCGCGUCAAGAAGCACGCGUGCAUCUCCAGCAGCAUCAUCGGGUGGCACUCCACCGUCGGCAUGUGGGCGCGCGUCGAGAACAUGACCAUCCUCGGCGAGGACGUGCACGUCUGCGACGAGGUCUACAGCAACGGCGGCGUGGUGCUCCCGCACAAGGAGAUCAAGUCCAGCAUCCUCAAGCCCGAGAUUGUCAUGUGACAAGGCGAGGCGAGGCGAAGGAUUAAUCUGCGCGUCUUUCGUUUACAUGGUGGUGACGAUGCUAAGUGCGUCGGAAGAAGGGGGCCAUUAUGUGCUUGAUAUGUUUGUUGUUUGAUUUGUUCCUGAACUGUCUCUGAAACUGGAAGUGUAACAUGUUGUCCCAAGUAGUAUGUGUCAUCAGGCUAUAUGGUUGAAUGAGUCCAAGUUUCAGUCUUUGCUUGUAGAUAGGUGUCACAUGAAUGGAAAAAAAAACAAAAAAAGGCAGUUCUUUUUGUCUAAACAUGGUAUCAUAAAGUGCGUGUGCAUUUCUGUGUUCUUGUUUCAUUACAAGAGGGAGAGAGUUUCUUCAUCA